UUUUCAUGUUUGAAGAAGAUUGGGUUUUUUUUAUAGUCAGUUGGCUAUCUAUCGGCCUAGUAAUAGUUUAUGACGGGAAAGUCAGACAGAGCGACCAACGGUAGCAGCGGCCUAGCUAAUUAACCACGUUUGAGAUGCAGCCAUUGGUGGAAUAGUGGCCGAGUUACCCCAUCAUUACUGCAUUAGUCAUCAAUGCAGAAUUCUGAGUAAUAUCAAUUGUUGCUCUGGAUAGAUAAAAGCCCAGCGCUGUAACGACUUCACCAACAAUUCCUGGGAAGUUAAAGAUUGUGCCGAGGACAUAGACUAUUACCUGCGACAAGAUGCCUUGCGAUUUUAACGGACUAUGGCAGUCUGUCCAGGCUGACGGGACCGAUGAAUUGCUCGCCGCAUUGGGUGUGACUGACCCGAACAUCAGAGCGGCCGCUAAAAAGUCCAUCGAGGAGAUAAAGCUCGUGGAUAACUCGAUGCAGGUUGCCGUUAAAGCUGAUGAGAAGGUGUUGAAGGAGACCAACUACUUCAUUGGGCAGAAAUUCGAAGACAGUGACCCAGCUGGCAAUUUGUGGAAGUGCGUUGCCUCCUGGAAAGGAGACGUGAUGUUAGUUGAUGCGAAGAACGACGAGAAGGGUUGGACAUUGACCGUGACGCGGGAGAUAAAAAAUAACGAAAUGAUCGUGGUUCGAUCUUUGACACAAGAUGGCAAGACAAUCGUUUCCACCGGGCGCUUCCAGAAGAUCUAAGAAUUGUCCGUAGCGGUGAUUGGAGUAACUGUAUCAGCUCGGUUCGACGUUUGGCCCAGAACCAUGCAGGACCAUUGAACGUGCUAGUUAGGACUUUCAGUAUUAUCUAGGACGCUUCCUAAGGAGGUUAACAGUUCAAGGGAAAAGAAGUCCCAUGAUGUAUAAUUGCCUAUGUGGUCAUGAGCGACCAUUUUUAAAGGGAAAUGGAUAUAUAAUGGUAUUUAAAUCCGCAGGACUUCAUUUGUAUACGUUUGCAUUUGCGAACUAGUAAGGGGGUAAAGCUCAAAAUGUCUAUCAUGCAUAUGCCCUCUUACAUGACCAGUCGGGGGUCAGGUAAGGAUCCCGGCCAAAGUAUUUGUUCGCCACUGCGCAUGUUAUGAUUAUUAUAGCAACAUGUAAUUCUUGCAGCUAAGUGUCAGAUCUUGUUAUCUCCUGUUAAAUCAUAGUCAUUACAUUGUAGUUAAUUCUUGCAGCUGAGUGUCAGUCUAUUGAGCCUCUUGUUCAAUCAUUUGGAAAAUUUAAUCGAAUAAAAACUGGACCUUUAAAACAAGAAACAUCUUCCCCAUACAUGUAUAUCGCAAUAACGAAAAGGAGAUCCAAUUUAGGAUGAUGCAUAAUGGACUGCCUUUGGAGUCUAGCUCCAACUGAAUCCACGCGGAGUCAACUGAAUCCACGCGGAUUGCUUGGAGGUGUUAUGGCUUCUUGACGCGUUUUUGUUGUAAGAUGGUCUAUGGUCUAUGUAUAUCUAUCGUUGAAAAAAGGAAACGUGUUGAAUGGUUACUCUGAAUCACCCAUUUAUGGAAGAGUUAAUAAAACACCACGAAAGUAGGUCGGUUGGUAUUCAGAGAGAAUAACUGUUUAUUGAUGUCGUCAUGGUCUUCGUCUCGUUUCACUGAUUUUAUCAAUCACACGAUAUACCAGACUAUUCACCUAUAAAUAAUACUAAUUCACAUUUGAUAGCUUUUCUAUAUUGGUUUUCAAGUUACAGUAUUAAAAUUAGGGUAAAAAAUUAUACAUAGUUCGCCAUCAACUCACUCAGAAAAAGCACUCGGGGAAGCAUGGCUUUGAUGAUGACGAAGAGCCUCCUCGUGGCAGUGUUCCUCGUAAUGAGCGACCAAGUGUCUGGUGUCUCAUUUUAUACCCAUGUCUGCUACAACCGGGAUUUCACAGACUCCCGAUCAGUAGAAACUUGCACCACGGACACCGUACCUGCUUCUUUGGGACAACACAAAUGUUGCAUUUCCGCCAAGUAUUCGCUCAACGCUCCUUAUCCACUUGGGGGAAAAACUUACAGGACUUGUUGCCACACCUCUACGAGACAUCUUCUGACCAAAUAUUGCUCCAACGACUAUGCCACGCAUUCUUGCCCUGUAUCAGAGACAUUCUGCUGUCCUUCAGUGCAUUCCUUUUAUGACAGAUUGCACCCAGGAUGCUGCAGUCUGAACCAAGUCACCAGUUGUUACAGCGGAGGGCUAUGGGGUAACAAUUAUGAUUACUGUGUAGGAGACAAGAGCUUUUGCUGCCCAGUUUACGUCGGUGGUGGAAAGUGUACCCUAGCUUCCAGUACAUGUUGUUCAAUUCAGCGCUGCACUGGUUCCAAUGUUGCCGGUAGAGGAAACAAUGGGCUUCUAUUGAGCAUGAUCAGCAUUGCCACAGUCGUUCUCUUCAUAUCCAUGGCGAUAGUUCCUCUUCCGAUGAUGAUGAGGCCAGGAUAAGGAAAUGGGGAACAGAGAAAAAGUUCGCUGAUUGUGAUCGAUAGAUGAAGGAACGUUGACGAAUAUCGUGGUGCACUUUAUAAUUUCCUGUGCGGGUUUUACGCGGAAUAAACGUGUAAAAAGGUGUAAAAUAUUGUAAAUAAAAUAAUCUAUCUACUGCAGUGUCGAUAUCUGUA